AUGCCAAUGGAUAUCCUAUCCCUUGGCUGGCAAGCAUUUGAACAAGCGAAGAGUAAUGAUACCAAACCUGAGCCAAUUCAUUCAGUGGCUCCACAAAGAGUCUUUACAACCCAGUUGGUAAUCACACUGGUAUCAGGUGUAUUCAUAUUUUUGUUAUUCUGUUUCUUGAGAUACAAAUGGCCAAACAUCUACGCGGUACGAAUAUUACGACAACCAUCUGGCAAUCCUCACACAUUACGACCUUUACCAAAGAAUCUAUUUGGAUGGAUCAAGGUUGUUUAUAAGAUAACUGAUGAAGAGAUAAUAUCUUGUGCCGGAUUAGACACUUAUGUCUAUUUAUGUUUUUUCAAAAUGGGUAUCAAGAUCUUUUUUGCCUUAUCAAUCAUGGCAAUAUUUAUACUAAGUCCAAUUCGUUAUCAUUUUACAGGAAAUUAUGAUAAAGAUAGUCUUUUCGGUGUAUUGAAAUUCAAACCAAAUAAUCCACCUGAUUUUAAUGAUGAUUUUCCAAACUUUUACUGGGUUUAUCCUAUAUUUACAUAUGUAUUUUCCAUCGUGGUGUACUACUACUUGUAUAAUUUUACAAAUGUAGUACUAAGAACUAGACAGAAAUACUUAGCAUCACAAAACUCAAUAACAGAUAGAACAAUAAGACUAGAUGGAAUUCCCAAGAAAUUAUUAGAAAGGGAGAAAUUAAAGAAAUUUGUUGAAGACUUGGGAAUUGGAAAAGUCAUGGACGUGAAGCUAAUCUAUAACUGGACGCCAUUGGAAGAGUUACUAGAGAAGAGACAUCAGUUGAUGAAUAAUCUUGAACAUUUAUAUGCUUCCAUGUAUAAAAUGGACAUUGAUAUCUACAAUCGUCGAGAAAUACCAGCUGUUAACCCCAUUUGGACUGAGCCAUUAGAUAAAACUAAAUUGUCUGAAUUGUCAAAAAAGUAUUCAACUGAGUUGAUUGCUGUUGAUGAUGAAAUCAAAAUUAUACAGGGCAAGUUUGACAGCGAUCUUUCAACCAUUGAUGUGAAGCAGUACCAAGAUUUUAAGCAAAUCCCAUCAGCAUUUAUAACCAUGGAUUCAGUAGCUUCAGCACAAAUGGCAGCACAAACCAUUUUGGAUCCAAGAGUAUACAAAUUAAUGGCCAGCUUGGCACCCGCUCCAAAGGAUAUAAUUUGGGAGAAUUUAAAGUUGACGUAUUCUGAAAGAAUGUUGAAGUCUUAUUUUAUAACGUUUGUUAUUGUCUUGAGUUACGGAUUCAUUAUAUUUUUGGUUGUUCCAUUAACAUCUUUGUUGGAUUUGAAGACAAUUACUAAGUUUUGGCCAGCGUUGGGUCAAUUUAUCGGACAAUCUAAAUGGUUAACCACUUUUGUUACUGGUAUCUUACCACCAUUAUUGUUUACACUUUUAAAUGUCCUGUUUCCAUAUUUUUAUCAAUAUUUGUCACAAUCACAAGGAUAUACUUCCAAUAGCGAUGUUGAAUUAUCCACAUUGCUGAAGAAUUUUUUCUUUAUAUUUUUUAACUUGUUUUUGAUUUAUGUUGCUGCAGGUACCUUUUGGGAUUAUAUUUCAUACAUUAGUGAUACCACCAAAAUCCCUGUUCAAUUGGCCACCUCGUUGAGGAGAAUGGCAUUGUUUUAUGUUGACUUGAUUCUUUUGCAAGGUUUGACCAUGUUCCCUGUGAAGUUAUUGCAAGUGAGCGAUUUCUUCUUGCUUAAUAUUUUAGGAAAAUUGUUGUAUUUCAAGAAGUUGAUUUUAAAGACUCCAAGGGACUAUCGUGCAUAUUAUUUCACACCGCAAAUAUUUGAUUUUGGAAUUAAUUUACCGCAACACAUACUUAUUUUUAUCAUUAUUUUAAUUUAUUCAGUUGUGUCAACCAAGAUUGUUACAUGUGGUUUGGUUUAUUUUGUGUUGGGAUUGUUUGUUUACAAAUAUCAAUUGGUGUAUAAUUUUGUUCACCCACCACAUUCAACAGGUAAAGUUUGGCCAAUGAUUUUCCGAAGAGUUAUAUUGGGUUUAAUUAUUUUCCAAUUGUUCAUGGUUGGUACUUUAGCAUUGGAGAGUGCUAUCAUGUUGUCAAUCUUGUGUUCGCCAUUAAUUUUUGUCACAAUAUUAGUCUUGUGGAAUUUUGAAAAAUACUAUGUUCCAUUAAAUACAUUCAUUGCAUUAAGAGCAAUUUUGAACCCAUAUGAUUUUGACAAAGUAUUUGAUGAUGACCAACUGUUUAGUUCUAAUAACAAUGAAUCAGAUACAUCGGCAAUUUUGGAUGAAUUGGAUGACGUGGAUGAUGUGAAUUCAGAACAGCCACUUGAUGAAAGUUCAUAUUUGUUGGGUGAAGAAAGCAAUGACACAAAUGGUACUAAAAAACCCAAGGCACAAAGUAGCUCAUUAAGUACAGCUGAACAUACAAUUAGUAGAAGAAAAUCAACCUUGGAUGAAGAACGAGAACAAUUCACCGAUUAUACUUAUCCAGGUUUAAUUGAUCCUUUAGAUGGUCCAUGGAUUGGAUUUACAGGGAAUUUUGUUUCGAUGAUUGAGUAUAAACCUCAAUUGCAGCAAGUUUUGGAAGAAGGUAGAAAUAAUGAUGAAAUUGCUAUAGUUGACAUUAAUGAACAGGAUUUGGUUGUCAAUAAAAAAUUAAAGGUUAGUGAAUGGGAAUAG